ACACACUCUCUUCAAAAUCCUCUCUCUCUCUCAUAUCCGCCAUUGCUAUAUUUGCAAGAGCUUCAAACUAUUGAAAUUACAAACCACUUCAGAAAUGGCAAAGCCAAAGAAUUCAGACCCCCAAACCAUUCCGGCGGUUUCCGGCGCCGGGGCGGUUCAACCGGACCGGCCGGCUGCGAAGAGAGCCAGGGAUUGCAACAGACAUCCGCUCUUCAGAGGCGUUCGCAAGAGAAGCUGGGGAAAAUGGGUGUCGGAAAUCCGGCAGCCGCGGAAGAAGUCCCGCAUUUGGCUCGGCACGUUCCCGACACCCGAAAUGGCGGCGCGUGCGCACGAUGCGGCCGCGCUUAGCAUCAAAGGCGACUCGGCCAUCCUCAAUUACCCCGAACUCGCCCAGUUCUUGCCCCGCCCGGCCUCGCUCACGCCUCACGACAUUCAAGCCGCCGCCGCCAAAGCUGCCGCCAUGGUCAAUUUCAAAUCCACCUCAUCGCCGUCGCCGUCGGAGGAGGAGGAGCUGAGUGAAAUCGUCGAGUUACCCAAUAUAGAAGACGAUUUUGCCACUGAGUCACAGAGCGAGUUUGCACUGGUCACUGAGUCAUGGGAGUGGUGGGAGUGCGUCGCAAUGCCGUUGGAGCUGGCGGCGGAAUUCGGCGGGGAUUUUUAUUCCAACCAGACGACGGCGGAGGAAAAUUUAUUCCCGGGUUGCUUUUACGGCGCUCUGUGGGAUUAAUAACCGCCGCUUGCCGGGUAAAUCGGUGACAUUUUCAAGCGGUAAAAAAUAUAAAUUCUUCUUUUUUAUUAAAAGAUUUGAGGUACUUUAGUUAAUAGCCACUAGCAAGCGAGGUUAUUUUAUUUU